AUGUCUGGCAGCACAGGGGAUGUUUUACAGCAAGUCAACCAGUUCUGGUCCAUCCUGGAUGAUCUUUCUCAAAAUGACCCCGCAGCAUACCGCCAGUUGAUAGAGAAGCAGAUGAAAGAAGGAGCUGGAUUCAGUGCACCGCCUGAGCUAGACUCCUGUAUUCGCACUGAAAUGUUGGAGCCAAAGAAAGGGUCACUGUACAUCAACAUAUGCAGCUGGAAACGUGUGCCUGCACCUCAGGAUCCCAGCAGGCCUUUACCUGUGUGUGCAGGAAAACUGGAAACAGACGAGAAUGAAGGUAUCUGCACUGUGUUGGAUGUGGCAUUUAACCCUGCAGUGCUACAGGAAAGUAAGAAAGACAAAACAGAAGUCUACAUGCUGACCCUGAGCUUUGCCCAGCAGCAUCAUGGGAUGAGGUUAUCUCAGGAGUACACUGUCGUCAGCUGUAGCCCAAAGAGUAACCCAGAAGACUUGCACCGCCGCCUUGGGUUUCGGCAGUGGCCUUACACCUCCAGUAAAACAGACACAGCCAGUCAGACCCCAGCUGCCCUCCUGCAGCAAAUAACCGCUCUACGCUCAGAGAAACAACACCAGGACCCUGGAGCCCAAAUUGACUUCAGACCUGCAGAGCAAAUAAAUAUGGAUUUGAUCCAGGUCAUCUCCACCACAUUUGUGCAGCCUCAGAAGCCUGAGUACCAACUCGAGGUGAAGACAGAUAGGGAAGGGGUUGCUCGCAGCAUGGAGAUCUUAUUGGAUCUGCCAAAGGUUUGCUCCAUGUCCGAGUGUCAGCUGAGAAUCUCCAAGGACGACGUCUUACUGGAGGUGGAGGAUGUCUACUAUUUGCUUCUAGAACUCCCCAAACCUGUUAUUGAAGACACUGCAUCGGCCAUUUUCAAUAAGAAGAAUCGAACGCUAACUUUGAGAGUGGAUGUUUUUUUAUGACAAUUUGACUAAAUAGUGAAACUAAUAAUGAAGAAAAGAGGUGAGUAGUGCUGGAAAUGGGCAGAAGAAACUGUGAAGCUAUGCAUUCUGACACUGAGAUGACCUCAAACCAAAUAACCAAAACAAACUGAAUUCAUGCUAUGCAAUCUGAAAAGCCUGAAAAGCCUCAAAACAAUAGACAGCUCCCCUGUAAACUGAUCUGUUCCAAAUCCAUCUGGCUUUGUGCAGGAUACGAUAUACAAA